AACCUUCUCUUAACCCCUGGCACUUCACGGUUAAACUGAUAUCAGACGUGGAGUUAACACAGCCAGGCAGUGAACAGAUAAUGGCACCCUUAACCCUUAAUGAAAGAUGUUAUGGAUGACUAUUGUGACGAGUGGGUUUGUUUUUCUCUGACACCAGAUUCGCGUAGUUUGUUCUAAAAUGGCGGUAUGACAUGUGUUUACCUCAGCUAAAGGCAGCCAAAGCUCGUUCAUCGAUCGACUGAAGGGGGAACGUCAUAUUAGCUUGGAGCGUGAUUUGAUCUGUCAGACGCAGCCCCACCAAAACGCCUGAAAACAUGUCGCCAGUUCCCGUCCUGCCGUUGGUGAUUAACUGGUUCAUGUCUGCACUCGGCUGCAUGGCUACACUGAAACUCAUUCCUGCUUUCAAAGACCAUUUCAUCGCAGCGAGAUUGUACGGAAUGGACCUAAACAAAACAACCAAAAAGGAAGUCCCCGAGUCCCAAGGGGUCAUCAGUGGGACGGUCUUCCUCAUCAUCCUCUUUUGCUUUAUCCCAGUGCCUUUCCUCAGCUGCUUUGUAGGGGAUCAAUGCAUGGGUUUUCCACAUGAUGAGUUUGUACAGCUGAUUGGUGCACUUCUGGCCAUCUGCUGCAUGAUCUUCCUUGGCUUUGCUGAUGAUGUGCUGAACUUGCGAUGGAGGCACAAGCUCCUGCUUCCCACCAUGGCUUCCCUACCGCUGCUCAUGGUCUAUUUUACCAACUUUGGCAACACGGUCAUCGUGGUGCCCAAGCCUUUCAGAGUCCUGCUUGGGCUGCAUUUGGAUCUGGGUAUCCUGUACUAUGUCUACAUGGGAAUGCUUGCAGUAUUUUGCACAAAUGCCAUCAACAUCCUCGCAGGCAUCAAUGGCAUCGAGUCAGGUCAAGCCCUGUUUAUCUCCGGCUCCAUCAUCGUCUUCAACCUGCUGGAGCUCAGUGGAGAUUAUCGUGAUGACCAUGUUUUCUCCCUCUACUUCAUGAUACCAUUCUUCUUCACCACGUUAGCACUUUUUUACCACAACUGGUACCCCUCAUCUGUGUUUGUGGGAGAUACCUUCUGCUACUUUGCUGGGAUGACAUUUGCUGUGGUUGGAAUCCUGGGACACUUCAGCAAAACAAUGCUGUUGUUCUUCAUUCCUCAAGUGGUGAACUUUGUCUACUCCUUGCCUCAGCUUUUUCAUAUCAUCCCCUGUCCCAGACACCGACUGCCCAGGCUGAAUCCAGGCACGGGCAAACUGGGGAUGAGCUAUUCUAAAUUCAAAAGAAAGGACCUCUCUAAAUUAGGACACAUCAUUAUGACGGUGGCCGAGUUAUUGAAACUGCUAGAGGUGCGAAGAGGCCAGGAGGGAGAUGAUGAAUUUAUUGAGUGCAACAACAUGACCUUAAUAAAUCUUGUCCUGAAAUUUCUUGGUCCCAUCCAUGAGAGAAACCUCACAGUCAUCAUGCUCAUCAUACAGCUGAUGGGCAGUGCAGUGGCUUUCGGCAUCCGUUAUCAUCUGGUGCGUCUCUUCUACGACGUCUAGACAGCUCGUCAGGAGACAGGAGAGAAUGACUGACUGAGACAACAUGACACUGUUGUGGAACUAUUUUACAGGCUCACAGUUUAUCUGCCUUUAAAAGAGUCCGUUACCUCGCUGUUACUUUUCUGCCUCAGGCUCCACAUGCAGUAAAGACCCAGUGCUAGGCUCAAAGCUAGAGUCCACUUUGUAGAGCACUUUCAUAUACAAACAUAAAUGACUAAGGAUCUGACAGAUGUAGUGUUGGUUAUUCUGAUGGUUUCAGUAAUUACAAGUGGGAAAUAGUGACUGGGUCUUAGUCAUCUUGUGCGUCCUCCCUGAAAGUAUAUUUUUAUACUUGUUUUUUUUUUUGUUUUUUUUUUAAGGAAAAUGUAGUAAGUGGGCUCAGGGCAGUUAGCAUCACUGGUUGACUGCUACUAAAUUGUUACUACCAGAUCACAGAGUUAUGGAUGUAGAAGUGCCCUAAAAUCUAGAAAUAUCCACACAGUGGCCCAAUGUUUGAAUCUGUUGCUGAAGGAAAAAUGUACCCACUCAUAACUAUCAAGCCAUGCAAGAUGGGUUCGUAUCUUUCUUUGUUUGUGGGUUUUUAUUUUUUACCUUUCAACAAACGCACACAGAAUGGUGACUGUGAAGAAAAGUAGCAAAAACAUAAGGAGCUUAGACUGAAGACUAUCACAGGAGGGGAUUGGGUGGAGACAGGUAAAUAGAAAGAUGAUAAAAAGAUGAAAAGAGAUUAUAGUAUCUGGAUUGUUAUAAAGGCAAAUUAAGGUCUAUGGAAGGUGAAGGUUGAAAAUUGAUUGACAUUGAGUAAUACCUUUCUUAUUACUGGAUGCAUAUAUAUUUUUCCCUAAAGGAUUCAGCAGGUGAGACAAUGUGAACUCAAGUGGCACUGGACUGUUUUGUUUAGGAAUGUAGCUACAAGUGAAAAACUGUUCAGUGUUGAGAUGGAAAGCUCAAAUUGAGAAAUAAAGAUAAUUAAAAGAUAA